AUUUUGCUACAUUUGUUGUGUAAAAUCUUACUAGAUAUUCCUGAUGAGCUUAUUUGUGCUCUUAUGCUUGAGAGCAGGAUAUUUGUAAAUCAUUAGUUAGAAAUUUAGAGUUAUUAGGGAGAGUAUUAGAUUCUGACUACUGUAGAAUGGUAGGAGUGUAGGAUGACCGAAAAAAUGCUGGGGAUACUGAGGAUAGGGCUGCAGAAUCAACAGUUUAUACAUCUGGAUCUUAGCCUAAUCGAUAAUCACUAUCUUGUUAGACCCUUGGUUUUGGUGUUGACAUGAAUGGUUCAAACCUCAUACAUGCUAAGCAUUGUUAGGAAAAAAGAAGCAACAUUUUAGGCAUUUAAGUUCAAUUAUUUCUAAAGGAGAACUUGAAGAGGAGGCUGGUGAUAAGAUUGAGUAAGUUGAAGUUUAUGUUCAAUCAUCUUUGUAUGACAAAAUGGAAAAGGAAAAGGACAAGAAAUGAGGUUAUUCAAUUAGAACAUAAAGGUGGCACUCAUGAUGGAGAAAUUGAGAGAACAAUUGGAUGGUUUAUUGUGUGUAAUUUAUACAUAGGGAUUGCUUAUGUGCGAAAGAGUGAUCUGGUAGAAAGGAUAGAGUGAUAGUGGGAGGUCAAAGAUUGUGUGAUUGAUUUAGUAAAAAAGAGUUCAAUGAAUGGAAUGGAGAAAAAGAAUUCACCUUGAUGAUUCUUAACUAGUCUGGGAUUAGAGCAUGGUAUAGUGGAGUUCAUUGUUUAACAUAUGGAUUAUGGAGCAUGCUUCACAGUGUUAGAAGUCUUUAUGAAUUGAUAAAAGCAUGUUAUCUUU